AUGAGAGACAUUGACGCUGACUUGUAUCUCGAGGUAGGGCAAUAUGAUCUUGAAGAGCUAGAGAGGGAAAGGGUCGUAGUAUUGAAGAAGCUUGACUGGAUAAUCAUGCCAAUCAUCUGCUUCACUUACAUGAUCCAAUUCCUGGACAAGCUCUCACUCAACUAUGCCUCAGCUUAUACACUCAUCCCAGAUCUGGGCCUGCAAGGCCAGCGAUAUUCGUGGGUUGCAGCCAUCUUCAACUUUGGUUACCUCUUCUGGGCCCUUCCAGCAAAUUACCUUAUUCAGCGUCUACCUGUUGCCAAAUACACCGGCACCAUGAUUCUUAUUUGGUCCGUCCUCCUAUGCUGUCACGUUGCUGCGAAGGACUACACCGGUAUGCUUGUCCUACGCUUUCUUCUCGGGAUGUUCGAGGCCAGCAUCAGCCCCGCCAUCAUGACCAUCGUAAGCAUGUUCUACACGAGGAGCGAACAGCCGUUACGCAUGUGCAUCUUCCUUGCUUUCAACGGCAUGGCGACGAUGGUUGGAGCUCUACUCGGAUAUGGCUUGGGCCACGCUGGUAGUAGUGCACUGCGGAGCUGGCAACUGAUAUUUCUCACUAUUGGGUUGUUGAAUUUCGUUUGGGGGUGGGUUUUCCUAUUCGUCAUGCCAGACUCGCCAUCAACUGCACGCUUUUUGACGCAUAAGCAAAAGGUCAUUGCCGUGCACCGCAUCGCCGAGAACAUGAUCGGCGUCAAGACUAAGCAAUUCCAGCCAAAGCAAGCUCUCGAAGCUGCGCUCGAUAUCAAAGUGCACUGUGCAGUCAUGAUCGGUCUUGGGUGCGGUGUUAUCAAUGGAGGUGUUUCAAAUUUUGCCUCGGCGCUGAUCCGCGGAUACGGAUUCUCGGGAAUAUAUGCAACAUUGUUGCAACUCCCCACCGGUGCAUUCGAGUUCUUCCUCGUACCUCUUUGUGGUCUAGUAGCGAGCUACUUUAAGGACGUCAGAUGUGCAGUGCUCGCAGUAAUCUGCUUGCCGCCUCUUGGAGGCUUGUUAGGUAUUAGAUUGACGGAUCUUGACCACCGGUGGACACUCGUUGGUAAGUACUUUCGCUGUACCUGGCUCCAAUACCUUGUCGGGGCCCCUGUCAUUCUGUGCUGGAACCUGCUCACAUCCAACAUCGCUGGCCACACCAAGCGAUCCACCGCCAACGGCCUGUGGUUCGUGUUCUAUGCAGCCGGCAACAUAGCCGGUGCAAAUAUCUUCUUUGCUCGCGAAAGUCCAAGAUACUACUCAGCUUUAGCAGGGCUGAUAGCUUGCUACGCUGGCAUCAUAGUCAUCGCCAUAUUCAUGAGGCAGUAUAUGUGGUGGGAGAAUAGAAGCAAAGAUAGGAAGAUUAGAACGGCGGCGAGGACGGAUGACGCCGUAGACGAGCAGGCAAUUUUAGAAGGCUUCCAGGAUGUCACUGAUAAGAAAAAUCUGCACUUUAGGUAUUGCUUGUAG